UCAUGCUGCUGCCAGGUCCAGAGUCUCUCAUGGGUCCCUGUACGGCCUCCCAUUGCUGCUGUCUCCAUCGCCACACUCUGCCAUGUGCCACUUUCAGGUCUCCUCACACUGCUGGUGUGUUCCAUUUUUUGUCAUAGGGUGCUGGCAGAUUACGGGCCUCCCAUAGCUGCUGCCAGCCCCUAAUCUGCCAUGGGCCCCUAUACCGCCUCCUCAUGCUGCUGCCAAGUCCAGAGUCUCUCAUGGGUCCCUGUACGGCCUCCCAUUGCUGCUGUCUCCAUCGCCACACUCUGCCAUGUGCCACUUUCAGGUCUCCUCACACUGCUGUGUGUUGAAUUUUUUGAC